AUGAAUUCUUAAUGUUACUUACAUGGCUAUCCACUCGAAUGUUAGAAUUAAUUGUAAGAUCUUUUCAAUUUGAUUCGUGAAGGAGAAGAAUUCAUAUCUCUGGAGAGAAUUUUUAAAUUAUUGCGAGUAGUUACUCCAACUAUAUAUUACUUUUUAGGCAUGGCAAUAUGAUGUACCAUUCUCCAAUUUAUGUAAAUUGCUUAGGAUGGCUAAUUAAGUAUGCCAUCAGAAUGUUAAGAAUCAUUUAAAUGAGUUAGCAUUUCAUUAACUACUUCAUAAUCCUGACUUACAGAUGACUUACAAGCCAAAGAAGGAUGAAACUGCAUAUACUCCUCCAACAUUGGAGGGAUUGUUUAGGAGAAUAGGAGAAUAGAUUGAGAGGAAGCGAUUGUAGGAGAAACUGAAUGAGGAGAACAUUACAAAUAGGGAGAAGUUUAAUUUAAUGUUGCAGUUAUUGCAGGUGGGAUCACCGAGAAAUGAUAAGAAAAAUUAGAUAGUUGUUGAAAAAGUGAAAAGCGUUAGGAGGUUCAAGGAGGAUGAAUUCAAAUUACUUAUGAGACCAAAGAAGACGAAGAGAAAGGCUGAUAGUACGUAGGAUCCUCCACAAGUUUAGGCGGAGUAAUAAAAAUUUACUAAAAUUGUGAAUGCCACAUUACAUUUGCCAACAAGUAGAAUUAGAAAAUUACAUGAUCGUAUGAUGUAGCAGAUGGAUGAAAUUAGAAUGGAUCCAAAUGUAUUAAAAUUGAGCAAUAUAAUUCAUAAAUCAUAGGGAAACCUGUCAAUCAGGUUACCAUAAAUUUAAUAUAUAUGAAACCACAACGAUAUUUAAUGGAUUUUAAUCUCUCAAAGUCAUAUUUGCCUUAGAAAAUACAAGCAAAUCGUGAAUCAUCAGCCAAAAAGCUGAGCAAUUCAGAAGUGAAUGCUGCUAUGCAAAAAUACUUCUAAUUGCUCAAAAAGAAGGAGGGUAAAGUUUAACAUCCAAUUAUCACUCCAACUCAAUCGUCCAAGAUUUUAAGUCAACUUGUGACGAAAGUCUCGCCAUAACUAGACAUCUAAUACCCUGUUAAACCCCCAACACCAACUGGCACUUAAUCAUAUAGACCAUCAACUGAGAAGAAGGCACACCAUCGUCCCCAGCAAUCAGUGGGAUAAAGCAAGGAUCUGAUCCUAAAAAAGCUGCAGAGUGCUUUGUUUCAGAAGCCAAAAACACAAUCGCAACAGGUUACUCCUAAAAGUGCUGGGAAGGGCAGUCUAAGUGUGAACAAGUAUUUUGAGAGCACUAAGAAAUUAAAUUCAGAUCAGCCACAAUAUUAUAUAACUAAAGUUAAGAAUGCUUUCACGAAACCCAUACACGAUGAUUAUUUUAGUAGGAUGUACAGAGAGCAUUUUUUUUAAACCUAUUAAGGAAUAUAUGUUGCUUCAUAUUUAUCGCCAGCCGAUCCAAAGGAUCUCAAGAACAAAUAAGUACGUCUUAAACAAAAGGAUAUUUAUAAAAGUAUGAAUCAAUUCGAUCAUAUCACUAGAUAAGAUUAGCAUCGUAUUUGAUCUUGAUGAAACCUUGGUUCAUUGCAAUGAGAGUUUGGCCAUUCCCAGUGAUGUUAUUCUUACUAUUUAAGUUUCACCUCAGGAAACAAUAAAAGCAGGAAUCAAUAUUAGACCUGGAGCCAUAAAACUGCUGGAAUUGUUGGUCAAUGACUUUGAAUUAAUCAUUUUCACUGCCUCUCAUCCUUGCUAUGCUCAAAAGGUUAUAGAGUAUCUGGAUCCCAAUAAGACACUAAUCUCACACAGUCUGUACCGUGACAAUUGCAUAAUGACCACUGGAGGAAUGUAUACAAAGGAUCUGAGAAUAUUUGAUCGCCCAUUGAGUCAGUUGGUUUUGGUGGACAAUGCCUCUUAUUCUUAUGCGUGGCAAUUAGAAAAUGGGAUUCCCAUCAUUCCCUUCUAUGACAACAAGGAAGACAAGGAAUUGGAGUCCUUGCUGAAGUAUCUGAGAGGGAUGCAAGGUUGCAGAGAUGUCCGAGAUUACAACAAGUUUAUUAUACAUCUUAAAUUGCUAGAGAAAACCUUAAGUUGCACAACUUCUAGGAUCCAUCAGGGCCUGGAGCUGUCUUUGAGAAAUUGUUUCAAUAGAAGAUGGAAAUCUAAUGAUAUUUUUAUU